UCCUGAAAAAUAAAUUACAAGGGGCCAAAUUGUAAGUAGCCUACCUAUUUGGCACUAUUGCAAUUAUAGCUAGUAAAUGUCAAAUGUUAUUGUGGUAGUAUCGUGCUACAAACAAAAGUAUUAUUCAGAUGCAAAACUUGAAGUUUGUUUGACCUUUGAGUCAGAAUGGGAGUCAUGGAUACAAAUGUCAACAUGCCACCAAUAGACUUUAGUUAACACAGCUUCAAGAAACGAGUGGCGUUUCAAAUUGUAAAAAUCAUGAUAUGUUACACUUUAGCGUCCUCUUUAUUUUAAUAUCUUUAAGAUUUUUUCUUACAUAGAGCCAAAAAUUCAAUAAUGGCUCUGGGGACGGAGUGUUUACUGGGUGAACAGACGCUGGAAGAGGAAUUCAGGCGGUUAAAAAAACGUGAUUUGACAGAGAAUUACCUAUUUCAAAUGGCAUGUGGCUCGUUUAAACCACAAAAAUGCAGUGGAAGUGCCUUUAGGAACCAUAUCAUGGAAAGGGUAAAAAUCUCUCCCCCGACUCGACCGCAACCGAAGCAUUUUGACGCGGCUCGACCUGCAAUACCUACAUCAGACAUCAGAGGCGCUGCUGAAUUCUACACGCGCUUGCCUGGAGACAAGCCCGCGGAACACCCGGACUGGAUCCGCGACAGGAAAGCGUUUAGAGAAGCGCUUGACGGUAUGGGAGAUCUGCGCAGAUGGCUCCAUAAUAAACCGAUUCUCACCGAACUGGAGGUUCUCAUCACGGAACGAGACAGUCAAGAUAAGCGCAUGACAUCCCCUUCAAAAACAAUAAUUUUCCCUCCUCAACCAGAUGUUACAACUUCUCCGCGUGCACUCAGGCGUGAAGUUGAAGAAGUGAAGAGCUUUCUGCGCGCUCCCGAAGCAUGCAAUCUCUCCAAAUUCUUGGACUCGUAUGGGACUAGUAAAUUAAAGCGUGUAGAUCUCUGUGCUCUGUUUAAGAAGGAAGGCCUCUUCAUACAGCCUGAGCGAAUGAACGUGCUGAUGUCCUCAUUAAAUAGUGAGGAUGGAAACUCGGUAACUGUGGAAAACCUGGCUGUUGGGAUCCAGGCCUGGAACGGAAAGCAUCGGGAAAGGGAAGAACACAAAUCAAAUGCUGGUUGGAACGCAGACCAUGAGAAAGCAACUUGGACAAGACACCAUCUUCCAAUACAUGCAAUUUCAGAGGAGAAAGAUGAUGAGAUGGGCAUGCAGGACGUGGAGGUGCUGGCGAUCAUGAGGAGAGUUUUGGCAGCCACCAAGACCUCUUGUCCUUCUUCUCUGGGUGGCAGUAUGGGAAGAGAAGUGGAUCGUUUUAGGACACUUUGUUUUAGAGAAUACCUCAAAUCUAUUGAGCAAUGCCAACGUCAGGGGCUUAAUGUGAGCCAAGCCACUCUACAGAAGUAUAUCUUUCUCUAG